AUGGCACCAGAGUAUGUAAUGCGAGGGAAGCUGUCAGUUAAAGUAGACGUUUACAGUUUUGGAGUGCAGGUGCUUGAGAUCGUCACAGGAAGGAAAAGCACUGAUAUUAAUUUUCCAUCCCAAAUGGAUAGCCUCUUAGAAUGGCAUGAUUAUUGUGGUUUAAGGAUAUGUGAUGUAGGAAUGGAAACAAUUCAAUGGAGGAAACAAUUCAAGGUAUCAGAAGUCAAUCAGGAGCAGAGAUGCAUUCAUGUGGGACUUUUGUGUGUACAAGCUGAUGCAACACUUCGUCCAGCUAUGUCUAAUGUUAUUAUGAUGCUAUCUCGCCGUAAUGCAAACUUACCAAAUCCUUCUAAGCCUGCUUUUGUAAGCAGUAGCAAGAGUCAUGCUUCAACAUCGAAGUCCAGCUGGGAGGUUGAGGAAAAUGAAAAGAGAAUGACAUACCAGAUAUCUGGGCAACUACGUCAUCUUCAUCAGGGAUUCGUUCAGUAA